UUCUACAUAUACAACCCAAACCUGCUUUUCAUCAUCAACUAACUCCAUUUUCUAGUGUUUACCUUCAGAAAAUGGCCAAUCUCAGUUUGUCCUUGUCACUGCUCCUCUUUGUCUUCUGCAUUUCAAGCAUGGCAGAGCCGGCCUUUGUCAGACGGCCCCUGGAACAGGCCAAUAUCGAGGCCUCAUGUCGGUCCACCCGCUAUCCAGCUCUGUGCAUCCAAUACCUAUCUGGUUUUGCAGACUCAACAAUUCAAAAUCCACAAGAGUUGGCUCAAGCUGCCUUAUCGGUGAGUCUGUAUAGGGCCCGGUACACAAGAUCAUACAUGUUGAAGGUGGCAACUGAACUCAAAGCAAAAAAAGCUAAGGAGUACCAAGCGAUAAAAGACUGCUUAGACCAAAUAAAUGAUAGCGUGCAGCAGCUUAGCCAAUCAAUUAGAGAGCUCCGUUGGUUGGGAGGCCAUGAAGAAGCUGAGAGUAGUGAUGAUGUCUUUUGGCACAUAAGUAAUGUCGAAACAUGGACGAGUGCUGCCCUGACAGAUGCUACCUAUUGCGUUGAUCAGUUUCCAGGGAGGAAAAUGAGCAAGUUAAAGGCCACAAUCAAGGGUAAAGUUUUGAAUGUGGCACAAGCCACCAGCAAUGCAUUAGCUUUGUUUCACCAGUAUGCAUCUAGGUAUAAAGCUGGUGCCACCACCAAGAAGCCUUCGGGUUAGUGCAUGUUUGAAAAAUGUAAAUGGAAAGGUUGUUUGCAAUUGUGGGUCAAAUACGUUCCAUAAUGUAGAGUUGAAAUUCGUUGUAAUAU